AUGGGCAAAGCAAACCAGACCUUUUUGACUGAAUUCAUCUUGCUGGGCCUUUCUUCAGAUCAGCAGACUCAGAUCCUGCUCUUUGUGGCAUUUCUCAUCAUUUACCUCCUGACAACGUUUGGGAAUCUGCUCAUCAUAGUCCUAAUCAAUGUCGAUUCCCGACUUCACACACCUAUGUACUUUUUCCUUAAAAACCUGUCUUUUGCUGACCUCUGUUUCUCUACUAGCAUUGUUCCUCAGAUGCUGCUCCAUUUCCUGGUAAUGCAAAAGACCAUUUCCUUUGCUGGGUGCUCAAUUCAGAUGUUUUCUUUCUUGGUAGCUGGGGCUACAGAGAGUUCACUUCUAGCAGUGAUGUCCUAUGACCGCUAUGUGGCUGUCUGCAAGCCCCUGCACUAUUCCAUCAUCAUGACCCAGAGGGUUUGUAUGCAGCUGGCCAUAGUGUCUUGGGCCAGUGGGGCACUUGUCUCUGUGGUAGAUACCAUGUUUACUUUAUGUCUACCAUACCAGGGACAGAAUGUGAUCAAUCAUUAUUUUUGUGAACCUCCAGCACUCCUGCAGCUGGCUUCUGCAGACACGUACAAAGCUGAGAUGGCUCUCUUUUCAAUGGGUGUGGUUAUCCUCCUGGCUCUUGUCUCCCUCAUCCUUAUCUCCUACUGGAAUAUUCUCUCCACUGUGAUGCAGAUGCAUUCAGGGGACAGGAGGCUCAAGGUCUUCUCUACUUGUGGCUCCCAUCUCAUUGUCGUUGUCUUCUACUAUGGAUCAACAAUAUUUACCUACAUGAGGCCAAACACCAAAAACAUGAAGGAGGGGGAUAAAGUGAUCUCCGUGUUCUACUCAGUCAUAACAUCCAUGAUGAACCCGUUCAUUUAUAGCCUGAGGAACAAGGAUGUAAAGGAGGCAUUUAAGAAAGCAUUUGGAAGAUAG